CGGCCGGGUAUGUCAUCACUGAAAUUUCACGGAUUCGCCACCUCAUAAUUUUUGGCGCUAGUAGUUGUCACAUUUUUCUCUCCUCAAAACAUUCUUGUGUUUAUGAAAAUAUUUUUGGUGAAUUGUGUUGUGAAAAAUGCCUUCAAUUGAAGCGGAAAAUCCACCAGCUGCUGAAGAUGGUCCUAAGGAAGAGAAUAGAACACUUUCUGGACCAAUUAUUGGAAUAAUCUACCCUCCACCGGAGGUUAGAAAUAUUGUUGAUAAAACUGCGAGUUUUGUUGCAAGAAAUGGUCCAGAAUUUGAAGCGAGGAUUAGGCAGAAUGAAAUUGGAAAUCCCAAGUUUAAUUUUCUCAAUGCCGGAGAUCCCUAUCAUGCCUACUACCAGCACAAGGUUGUGGAAUUUCGGGAUGGUAAGGGUCCCAGUGAUCCGACAGCUCAUUUGCCAGCUGGCAUCCAGAAGUUGUCUGUGAGUUCGUCGGCACAUCAGAAGCAGCAGGAAUUGCUGAAGCAAGUGGCUGAGCAGCAAUUUGUACCGAAAGAUCCUCCGGCUGAAUUUGAAUUUAUAGCUGAUCCCCCAUCAAUUUCUGCCCUAGAUCUGGACAUUGUCAAGUUAACAGCUCAAUUUGUAGCCCGAAAUGGUCGGCAAUUCCUCACGAAUUUGAUGAAUCGCGAACAGAGAAAUUACCAAUUUGACUUUCUCCGGCCACAGCAUUCGCUCUUUCAGUACUUCACGAAGCUCCUGGAGCAGUACACAAAAAUCCUCAUUCCACCAAAGGAUCUCAUGAAUAAGCUAAAGGCUGAGGCAGCCCCAGGGAAAAGUAGCCUGAAUGUCGUACUGGAGAGUGCAAAGUAUCGAGCGAAUUGGAUUAAAUACCAGGAGGCGCAGAGGAAGCGGGAAGAGGAGAAAGUUGAGCGGGAAAGAGUGGCUUAUGCCCAGAUUGAUUGGCAUGAUUUUGUCGUGGUGGAAAUUGUUGAUUAUCAACCCUAUGAAACGGGCAAUUUUCCACCGCCAACGACACCCGAUGAAGUCGGGGCUCGUGUCCUGAUGGAAGAACGGAUUCACGAGGAUGAUGACAUUGAGAUGCAAAUUGAGUCAGAUGAGGAGUCCAGUGCACCAGCAGCGGGCGUUAAGUUGUCCACAAUGGAGGAUCGUACGAGUAUCAAAUAUACCAAUACUAAGGAUAACAAUCAGGUGCAGGAUAUGGAUGAGGCAUCCAGUGAUGAAGAUGACCGUGGUGCAGCUAAGGGUCAACCUUCUGUGGCUGCUCCACUUCCGCCGACGCACGAUAAGGUGGUGGUCAAAAAGUAUGAUCCCAAGCAGGCUCACACGGUGCCCAAACCAGCUCCAAUCACCGAUGAUUUCCUCAUUUCGCCCAUCACAGGCGAGAAGAUUCCGGCCUCCAAGGUGGCUGAACACAUGCGAAUUGGUCUACUGGAUCCACGUUGGGUGGAACAGAGGGAUAAGCAUACUGUGGAGAAACUCACGCAGGACAAUGUCUAUGCAGCAGGAACGGCCAUUGAGGCGAGUUUGAAGCAACUGGCAGAGCGUCGUACAGAUAUCUUUGGUAUUGGUGAUGAGGAGACGAUGAUUGGCAAAAAAUUGGGUGAGGAGGAAACCAAGAAGGAUGACAGAGUGACAUGGGAUGGUCAUACGUCGAGUGUUGAGGCAGCUACAAGGGCUGCUCGGGCCAAUAUCACACUGGAGGAUCAGAUUCAUCAGAUUCACAAGGUCAAGGGACUCCUGCCGGAUGAGGAGAAGGAGAAAAUUGGACCUAAACCUGUGACUUCAGCCACUAGCAUUGCCUCAAAAGCUUCGAUUACGAUGUCAUCGCAGCCUCCGGCAUCCCAGCCGACGAUUGUUGUACCCCCAAAGCCACCAGCAGUUAUGGCUCAUCAGGCACCUCCCAUGCCACAUCCGCAUCCCAACCCUGUUCCCGUCAUGAUGAUGCCAAUGCGGCCGCCGCCGAUGAUGCCAACACCGUUCCAAGUGGGAUUUCUGCCUCAGAUGGGUCCACCACAGGGUGCUCCAAUGCCAGGACCUCCUCUCAUGGAGGCACCACAGCAGCCUCCACCUAUGCAGCCGCCUGUGGAGGAUGAACCACCCAGCAAGAAGUCUCGCACUGAAGAUCAUCUGGUCCCUGAGGCGCAAUUCUUGCAGCGUCAUAAGGGUCCAAUCACCAUUCAGGUGCAGGUGCCGAGUAUGACUGAGAAGUCAGAAUGGCGUCUCAAUGGACAGACGGUGUCCAUUACCCUAGCCCUUACGGAUACCAUUGCGGCCAUGAAGGGGAAACUGCAAGAUGAGACGGGAAUGCCACCGGCUAAGCAGAAAAUUUCCUAUGAAGGAAUGUUCUUCAAGGAUUCCAAUUCAUUGGCGUACUACAAUCUCUUGAGUGGUGCCACGGUUCUCUUGGCACUCAAGGAACGUGGUGGAAGGAAGAAGUAAUUUACAUAUUUUAUUCAUAUUGUAUACCAUUUUUCUGCAAUUGGAAUUUCUGGAAAAUAAAAUUUGAGAUUGAGAAUAGAGAA